GAUACACUAGUAUGUGGGCUGUCUCUACCAUGGUGAUCACUGAUCUCGCUGCUGACGGGAGACUUCUUCGGUCCGAAGAUUGUGUUUGAAUAGAAUGUGGAUUAAUCAAGAUUUGUUUGUGGUCUGAUGUUGCAAGAUGCCCAAGAAGAGUGUUCCUCCGUUUCACAAUUUUAGUCCUUGUUACUCUCCUCGCCCGGCGCCACCAAGACCUAAGUUGUUUAAAGAACAGCGUCUAGAGCUGUGGGAUAUUAUUAAUGCUGGAAAACGAGAUUACAAAUUCAAGAAGGAUGAGAUCUUCAAACGGAUGAAAGUCUCGACCCUGAUACAGCUGAUUGUACAGAUAGCUAAGUUAGAUGUCGCUGACACCAACAGGUCUUUUGAUGGCGACCUUGGAGAUGGUGAUCGUCCAAGCACCGCUGACCAGGAGGUACAGAAGAUAUGUGAUGGGGAGGAAUCUCCUCCUGCUUCAUCUAGAGAUGGGGCUGAGUCCAGCAGAUCGACGUUGCAACACGUGAUACGAGGUGUAGGAGAAAUUGAUAUGGACAGACCCCCACCCCCACCCAAAAACUCGUUUGUAGAUGACCUGUGCCCGUACUUGCUGCUGGAUAUCCGGGAUGAAGACUCCUACAAUCAGUGUCACAUCAUUUCAGCAAAAAGUUAUCCUCGCACGAUGUUAACUCGGUCUGUGAACUACGAAACUAAGGAUCUUCUAGUAUACCGAAACCAGACGGGGAAAAUCAUUAUAUUAUAUGAUGAAGAUGAGAGGCUUGCCCACGACGCAGCGACGACGUUUGUACAGAGAGGCUACGACAACAUAUUCUUGUUGUCUGGGGGGCUCAAGGUAGCAUACAAGAAUUACCCUGAGGGUCUGAUCACAGGGACGCCGCCCAUGUCAGUCACGGAGAAGAAACUGAAGACCAUAGAGCCAGCAGAUCAGAAACACUUUUGUAGUGACGAUAUCGACAGAUUGUCAAUAUACUUAGAUCAUGCUCUCAAGGACCAGAGUAUAGGAAAGAAAGGUCGGCUCUCCCGCGCCAGUACAACUGCACGGACCAUGUCUCAGCAAUCAACAAAGUCCAACCUCACAGCUCGCUCCAGCUUGGACCACAGACCAACCUUCAAACCAUAAUAAGGAAUCUCGCUUCAGAGAGUAGCAUCACAUCCGUCCAAUCACAUUCAGUCUCACCCUCGUCAGCAGGAAGGUCAAGGUGAAGUCAGUGGUGAGCAAUAUUGACAUGUUGCCCAUCCUGCCCAUCCUGCCCAUCCUGCCCAUCCAGUUCUGAGAUGCCCUGGGAAUCAAGGAGACUGGUCUUACAGUGCCACUGUGUGGUGCACGACCUGGGUGCCAUGACAGUCAGUUGUAUGUUAAUUGUGGAGUAAGUUUAAUCACAAUGUGUCAGCUCAACCCUGAAUAUCAAUAGAUUACAUACUUAAAGAAUUCAGUUAAGCUUUAAUUAAAUUGUUUAUUAAAGUGAUUCCAAGAAUGUUUGUAUUUAUUUGAAAUUGACAUGAUUUUUCUUAGUUAUGAUGGUAUGUAACUUUACCAUGUAGAACUUUGGGUGCCAUAAUUAUCUCCCCUUGCUUUUGCGAUUCACACGACUCGGAUGUCAUACAGCAUAUUUUACAUAUAAUUGAGCAUUCAUUAGCUGUGAAUGAGUGAGGUAGUGUCAUCAAUUGUGUAUCAUUCUUUAAAAAUCAACAACAUCUGUCUGUUAAUUACCAGUUCCAGCAGUGAACAGGCUCUGUGUGUUAAUAUCAGAAAGAGAAUGACAUUCACGUUUUAUUGUUGUACCUUUAUGUUUCUACAGCUUCCUUUUCAUUCUGCGCUGAUGGAAGCUUGACUCACCUUGUUUGCAAGUUGAUUGUGUUGUGUCUGAAAUGAAAUGUAAUUCUUGAUGUGAAUGGAAUCAUACCAUGUAUAGUCACACUUAACCUAGUCUGGACCUGUGUAUGUAAAUAAUGUAAACAAAUGAUCCUUGCCCCUCUCUCUGUCUCUGUGUUAAUGUCUUAGACAUGCCACAUUCACCAAAACAUAACAGAACAAUUAUACUACCUCAGUUAAGCUAAAUAAUAUGGGGGCCACGGGUGGCCCAGUCGUCUGAGGCGCCGCGAUUCGCUGUGCAGAGUUGUGUCCCUUGGGCAUGCCAGAAACCUAUGAUUGUGGGUUCGAAUCCCGGUUCGCCCCAAUUAUGUUUCUAGGUUUGUCAGCACCAUACCCGUGCUCGUGGGUUUCACCGAAGUGGUAAACGUCUGAGACCUGCAUCACUUCGGGCUUUCCUCCAACAUUAAGCUGACACGCCGCGAUAUAACUGGAAUACUGUUAAAAGUGGGGUUAAACCCAACUCACUCACUCACUAAAUAAUAUGACUUUUAUUUGAAGACAGAAUUUUUCUUGCUUGAUGAAGGACCUAAAACGGAAAUGUCUCAUUGAAAGAAAGAGAAGUUAAUGCCACUGAAAGAUAAUGAUUUUGAUUUCUUCUAGCUGCAAACUUUAACUUACAAGUUAAAGGCGUAAUUUUUUAAUGGUUGGUUGACAUCAGUGAGUGAGUGACUGUAUGAGUGAAUGUUUACUAAUCCAAUAUUCAUUGUUUGACAGACAUUUCUUAGAAGUUGACGGAUGACAGUAGACAAAAAUGUUUUAUGGAUAACAACUUCUUUGUAAUUUCUCUGUAAUUGCGAUAUUUCGGUAUAUAUUCUUAUACUGUUGUCAAGCAGGGACAAUGUUGUUUGAUAGAUGUGUAGUUCUAAUCCAUUUUUUAUGUGUUCGCAGAUUAAGCAUUUACCAAUAUUUAGGUCAGGUCUAGCUUUGGAAUCAUUUAGAUAUGGUUUGCCUGUCUUCACAUAGACAUGUUCACGAAUAAACUGUGAUUGUGGUAUUAUUUAUAUUAGCUGUUAACAACUGUUGUUAAUUAACAUUGCUGCAUUUUGUGGUUCUGAAGAUGUUUGUGUCAUCACUUAAGUAUUGUAAACAUGUGACGUCAGAUAACAUCUUCCUAUUUAAUAUCAUUAAGGACUGGUCCAUGAUUAUGUAUACAUAAGUUUCCUCUCCCCUUCCUUGACCUAAAAAGUAUCAAGAAACCAUAAUCCUUUUGUAAUCCAGGUUCAGGGCAAAUGGAACGCAUCUAGGAAGUGUGAUAAAUUAACAUCCAUUUUUAAACUUUUAGUAUUUUUUUAUCUUUUUGUUUCUGUGUGAAAUUUGUCAAGUAUCUUUCUUCAAAGCAUUUCAAUGGGAUUUUGGAUUUUAUUCUUUUGUUAGAAGUGGUAGACAAUACAUAUGUUAUGACACUGCUGCAAGCAUGUUCAUAUGGAAUAAGAUAUUUGUAUAUAUUUUAACACAUUGAAGUAAAUCGUUCAUUCAUAACUAUCUAAGGGUAAUCUCUUGAUAAAUUCCCAGUCAAGCUGUAUGAGGCUAAGUUUACAGCUACAGGUACCACUGUUCUGCUUAAACCAAGGUGAUCACUGGCUCCCAUAAGUUUCCUUAUUUUCCCCACAAGAUAAAUAAAUACACAUGGUAAUCUUAAUCUCUGGGUAUACAACAAUGACUAAAAUAACAGGAAAUACAAUUGAAAUUGUAGAUCAUAAUGUCUAGAGGAAUAAAAACACUGGUGUCAUCCAUGAAUCUCGAGGCCAGCGCUAUCAUGAGGGAGAGUGUACUAUGUGUAUGAAAUAUUUAUGUUGCAUAUGGGUACUUAAUCAAACCAGAAAUACCGUAUUCGACGUAAUAAGUGCCCCGCUAUAAUAAGCACCCACGGCGAUAUUUGCUAAUAUAUUGGCUAGUGAAAAUCCCAAUUAGCACCCUUUCCGAUUGAUCAAUGUACACGAGAUAUUAUUUAUUCGCUUAUAAUAUGCACUUGUGUGUUAUAUGCACCCUUAAUUAUGAGCAAUUAAAUUCUGGAAAAACAUAUCUCUCGUAUAUAAACAUUUCAGGCUGUCAGCAUAAACCAUGAAAUUUAACUUUCAACUCUGGUUGUUUUUUUCGACAAAAUAAUAUUCUAAUAAGAGCCCCCCUAUUUCUAAGUUUGAGAGCGCCCUGGGCGCUUAUUACGUCAAAUACAGUACUCUGAUACUGUACACAAUCAAAAUACUUUGGUUUUAUUACUGAAACAUUGUUGGGGGUGUUUUGAAAGAUGGUACACAAAUUAAUCUUGUUUCUACAACUAUCUGUGGUAGUAGCUCCAAAUGAUCUCUCUGUAUAAUUAUCAAUAGGAAGGUUUAUGGUCAGUUAAAGAUGUUUUUUUUCUGAAUGAUGUGAAUGUAUUUGUUUUAGUUCCAUGGUUUCUUGUAAUUUUGUGAUAGGAUGCAUAUUUUUAUCUACAUUUGUAUUUGUGAAACAUGGCAAAUGGUGACUUAUCUCAGCUAACAUCAUCACAUUUUCCAGAUCAUUGUGUUGAAAUGUCGAGUUUUGUAAGCAGGAGUUUGAGAAGUACCCUGCACUUUGACACUUGUUUAGCUUACGAAAUCCAGAUUCAACAGACCAGUGCCAAAAGCUACAUUUGAAAAUCAAAACAGUUAAAAGUUAUUUUUAUUCGCCUGACCGCUCCAUCUUUGUUGGAUAAGUAUAAUAGAAAGAUACAAGUAUAUUAAUCAAACAAUAUAAGUAACAACUAGCUAUGUAUUAAUAAUAAGGACCCAUCUCACGAGGAAACUUCAUGCCAAAAAACAAAAUAUUGACCUGCAGAUUGAUUUGAUUUUUUUUUUUUUUAAUUCUACCAACUCAGACUGAUUUCUGAGAUGAAAUCUUUGAACAAUAAUAUAAAGAAAGUGUGGCUUAAGACACAGAAUACAGAAUAUUUAUUUUCUGCAUUCUCUAAUGUUAAUCAGUACUACCGGUAUGUGUUAAUUUGUUGAUCUCAAGUCAAAUUGAGCACUGUGUAUGAAUUGAGUCAAGCAAGCACCAUCCGUAGCUUCAUGUGUAUUCAAUAUUCAAAGUAUUUCAGUUUUUGCACCUCUUACGGUCAGUGGGUGUCUGAAUUGAAACAGGAAGAGCCAGCUGUGUUUUGUUCACCUUCUGUUUGGCUUGUCUCAAAAUGGCCGUUCUGUUUAACCCAGUCAACUGUGAUAUGUGAACAUCUAUUGAGGGUUUGUGUUCUCACCAGCAACAUAUGUCAACUAACAACUGUGGUCACUAUUGGUUGAAUAAAAUGUUAACUCAGCAUA